GGUGGGCAGCAUUCGUCGCACGAUCGAAUCCUGUGGCUAGAAGGCAGGAACGUCCCUUGCGGCUGGCUUCUGGGCGGUGGCAUUCGCAAGACCGGCGCGGUCCGCGUGCGAUCGCGAGUCUCUCGUCCUGCGGUCGGAGACCACAAGGAUGCAGUCUCACAAUCCAGCGCCGCACUGGCCCCCCUGGAUGGCAGCGCCACAGCCUCUACAAGAUGGCCAAUACCAUUCCUGGAAUGCUUACGGAACGCCUCUGUUCUUCUCACUAGGAUCUCCCUUGGGCGCACAUGCGACUCCGACGCUUCAACUCAGCGACCCUACCGCCUGCAGCGACGCCACCGGAUCGAUGUACUACGCGGUCAGCCAUCCGUAUACUCGUUCGGUCACGACUUUUCCACCAGGUCCUCUCCAAACACCGCCCUCUCACAAUGCGGCGGCGACGUCGACACAUAAAAGUCGGGCUGCAAGAGCGGGAGGAGAAGUAGCUUACCCCACGAUGGCCAUCGAACAACACCGAGUACAACCCUCCAACCCGCCUGCUACGCAAUCCCAUAGUCGUCCUCCCUCUAUCGAAGAACUCCGCAUACCCAGAGAGCACGAAGUAGUGGAAGAAUGCCCCGCCACGCCUCCGACUCAGGAGCAGCCGACCGAAAGGUCGAAGAGCAAUGAGAAGAAGAUGCAUCCAUGCUGGAUGUGCCAUAAAAGCUUCGACAGGCCAUCAACAUUACGGAAGCAUCUCCUCGUCCAUACCGGCCACAAAGCUUACGCAUGUGACACAUGUGGUCGCCGUUUCGGUGUGCUCUCCAACCUGAAUAGGCACGCCAAGAAAUGCGCGCAGCGACCCGUGAACCAGGGAGCAUCCGCGCCAGCUGAGGCGCCGGGGCCCUCAGCGGGAGGCACUGCGUACGCCGAAGUAGCAGCGGCGACUGAAAUUGCUCCCGAGGCGGGCCCCUCCACCGCUCCCACCACCGUUUCCACCACCGCUGCUGCUCUCCGGACUCCAGACGCACCCGCUGAGCAAGCACGAGGUCGCAAGCGCAAAGCCGUUCAACCGAUGGAAGGCAGCGCGGAGGACCAGGCUGCCGAGUUAUCUCGGAAGGAGAGGCGUCCUCGGCGGAAGAAGUCCCCAACGCGCUGGGUGCCGGACUCACUGAAGCUCUACAACCUCACGCCCAACAACAAAGCGACGCCCAUCCCGCUCCCACCUGUGCGACCGUUUGUAGACUCGAACGGGAAGGUCCUCGAGGAACGCGACUCGUACAGCCUGGAUACCCACGACACGCCGUACCACCCUCGCGGUUGGAUGGGGAGACUACCUGGCCCUGGGUUGAUGGAUACCGGUGGCAGUGCGGCCAGCAGUGGCAGGCUGUUGAUAUUUUAGCAUUCGGCGAGGCGUCGCAUACACGCGAUAUCUAUGGCACCGAGUUUGCAGGCGCUGACAGCCGGCCAGUAUUUAUCAGCUUGUCUCCAGUAACUUCUAUUGC